AUGGAAGCCUACACGCCUGACUUGACGGUGAACGAGGCAGAAUACCAUGGACGGAUACUUUGUUUCGAUUUGCUAUCGACUUUGGACAAGGGGCGCGUCGUAAUUUGUGGUAACUCGAAUUUGGUGAAAUGGACUACAAAGCACCAGGCUUGCAGCUGCUCCGACAGAGCUAAACCGGCUGCGCUCAUGACCAAAGCACGAUUAGGAAGCGCGGCGUUACAACGGGAAGAAGGUGAAGUAAUCACCUCAGAAGACGACCGCCAAGAUUUGAUCACCCUCAACCGACUGGGCGAGAAGCUAGAACCAAAGCUGAUUGGCUUAGUCGUCGCGUAA